AUGGGCAAAGGCACUGACAAAUUGUACAUCACCCACAGCGAGUGGUCGAGCGAGGAUGCCUUCUCCGCCAGCGCUGGCGCAAAUGCGCGCAAGUCUGCCAAUGCCGGAGCGGGCGCCAGCUUCAAGCGCCUCCCGUUCAACUUCUGCGCCGUAUCCCUCCAACCCUUCGAGCACCCUGUCUGCACCGGCGACGGCACGAUCUUCGACUUGACCAAUAUUCUUCCCUGGAUAAAGAAGCAUGGAACAAACCCAGUGAAUGGACAGCCGUUGAAGAGCAACGAGCUGAUCAAGCUCAAUUUUGCGAAGAACGAGGAGGGCGAGUUCGUGGAUCCUGUGACUUUCAAAGUCAUUACGGACAACACGCACUUGGUGGCCUUGAGGAAUACCGGCAAUGUCUUCAGUUACGACACUGUUGAGCGAUUGAACAUCAAGGCAAAGAAUUGGCGAGAUCUGGUCAGCGAUGAGGAGUUCAAGCGCAGCGAUCUCAUCACAUUGCAAGAUCCACAGAACAUCGAGUCGAGAAAUCUCAACCAGUUCAAGUAUCUCAAAGAGGGCACCAGCACGCUCACUCCAGAGCAAGAAGCGGAGCGAAGUGCGGGUGUAAACGAUCAGAAUCUCGGAUCAGCAGCCAAGAUUUUAAAAGCCAAGGAAGCGGUUGCCAAAGCCCGAGCAGGGCGAGAAAAGGCAGCCCAAGGAUCCACCGAAUCUCAGGCUCUUGUAAAUGCAAGGAAGGCACACGCAGAAGUUGCUAGAUCCUCAAAGGCAUCGAAGCCGGUGCCGCACAAUGCCGCUCAGUAUACCAACGGCCAAGCAGCAGCGUCUUUCACCAGCACAGGUCUUACUCCAUCGACCUCAACAGAGCGUGCUAUCAUGAGUGAUGAGGAGUACAUGCUCAAGCCAAAGCGAGUAAAGCAAAAUGGCUAUGCUCGUAUGUCUACGAAUCUUGGCGCAAUGAACAUCGAGCUGUAUCCAGAAUACGCGCCCAAAGCCGUCUGGAACUUCAUCCAACUCGCAAAGCGUGACUACUACAAAGGCGUAUCAUUCCACCGGAACAUCAAGAACUUCAUGAUCCAAGGAGGCGAUCCUACCGGUACUGGACGGGGUGGGCAAUCAUGUUGGGGCAAGUCAUUCUCGGAUGAGUUUGAGGGACCACUUGCGCACGAUUCGAGGGGCACAAUGUCGAUGGCGAACAAAGGCAAAGACACCAACACCAGUCAGUUCUUCAUUCUCUAUCGAGCCGCAGCUCACCUCAAUCGCAAGCAUACAAUCUUUGGCCGUGUUGUAGAAGGUCUGGACACGCUUGACCGGCUUGAGAAGGUACCUAUUGAUGACAAGAGUCGGCCGACAGAGGACUGUGUGAUCGAAGACGUAACGAUCUUGAUUGACCCGUUCGAAGACUUUCUCAAGCAGCGUUCAGACCAGGAGGCAGAGGAGGCAAGGAAGGAGCAGCUGAAGAGAGAAGGCGGCGCUGAGGACGACAAGACAACAUGGACUGGGAAGCGGAUACGAGCAAAUGGCAAAGUGGAGGAUGGUGGUGGAGCGACUGAAGUUGGCAAAUACCUCAAGCAGUCCAGUACUGCUGCCGCUGAGGACGACGAGGUCAUUGGUGAAUGGGACGAGCCUGAGCCGCCGCCGAAGAAGGCCAAAAAGGGGGGAGGCUUCGGGAACUUCGAUGCUUGGUAA